GCUGAUAAUGGGGCCUCUGAAGUUCUUGUUCCGUUAUUAUAAAACUGAGUCCUUCACUCUCUCUCGAACCAGCUCACAGAAACAAUGAUCUCCUACGCCGACAUGCUCAAGGGAUCACAUGGAUGUCAACAACUUCAACUAUCCUCCAUUGUCAGAGAUGUAAACUACAGCUGUGGCUCGUGUGGUUAUGAGCUGAACUUGAACUCCAGCAACCGCAACACUUGUUCUCUCAUUGACUCAAAGUCCAUAAAGAGAGGCAUCAUCUCCUUCUUCUCCGUGGAUGAGAGCAGGUUCACUCAGAUCCAGCAACUUCACUGGCCUUCUUGGAUGCCCUUUUUCAACUCCAAGCGCCAAAGAACCAAGCUUUUUUGCCGCAGCUGUGGGAACCACCUUGGCUAUGCUUACACUUUGCCCUCUCAAUCUCAAUCCUGGGAUGGCAUCUCUGAUGAUUCCAGAAUCUAUGAUAUCAAACUAACCGCUUUGUUACCUUCUUUCUGCGAGGAACCAAGUCAAAAGUUAGAGGAUAUGGGCAAGUUUGAGACUGCAUCUUCCUCCACUCUGGUGUUCUAAUUCUGAAAGGGACAGAAACAUAUUCAUCAGUUUCUUGUUUGUUUGAAUGUGAAUUAAUGUAUUCUACCUUUUGAUCAUUAUGAGGAUACUUUCUCAAUAGUUUUUUUUUUUUUUAAUUCUGUUCCGUGUGCUUAGUUGAUCAUUUAACUAUUGUGUAAUGUUUAGCUUUAUUGUAUAUUGUAUAAUCUCCUAUUUAUUUACAAUUUUGAA